UCGGGGUUAAAUACCGGGAGCUCAGGUUCUUCCCCCCGCUCCCUCAUCGCUCCCUCAUCGCUCCCUCAUGACUACAGUGUCGGACCGGAGGGCUUUCGCUCUCAAGAUCAACAGACACUCGUCUGCUGAAAUCCGCAGAAACUUUAGCACCAUUAACUAUGGAAGCCAUGGAACUCAGCAGGGCAGUCUUCACCACCGCCACAGCUCCAGCAACUUUGGAUCCUUUAACUUCAAUGUGCCUCAGUCGUAUGACGCAGUCGACCCAGUGGAUGUGGAGGAAUUCCUGAUGACGCAGCUGCGCACUGGAGAUACCGAGCUCAUGCAGGAGCUGGGAGAGUUCCCCGAUGAUGACCUGGACGUGGUCUUGGCGGACAGAGAGUGUCGAACCGUUUGUCACUCUGUUCCUGAGGAGGGGGUGGAACUGGAUCCCCAUGUAAGGGACUGUGUCCAAAGUUACACACAGCCCUGGCUAGUGGUCAGCAGAAGAUGCCAGAGUGAUGGAUGGAGUGCCUACUCCGAGAGGACAAACUUUUUCAAACAGCUUCAAAAGCAGACGUUUGAGUCAGACCUCCAACCUGAGAAACAGGAGCUACCGGUAAAGUCUCCGUCUCUGGCUGUAUUAUGCGAUGACGACAGCUCUCGCAGCACUAUCACCUCAUCCGACUUUGACCUGCGGGGGUUGCAGCCGGACCCUCGGCUCGAUGGCCUCCUGCGCUUCAGUAGCCCUGAGGAACUGGAUCGCUUUAAUUUCGAGGCUAGACAGAACCACCGGCAUCCUGAACUGUUUGCUCUUUAUCCACCUACUGAUGAGGAAGAUGCAGUGGAGAUUCGUCCCAUUCCUGAUGGUCCAAAGGAGCACAUGGGCCACAGAAUACUAGUGCGAUGCCAGACCAUCAAGUUUGAAAUUGAGAUCGAGCCUAUGUUUGCCACCAUGGCCUUGUACGACCUAAAAGAAAAAAAGAAGAUUUCAGAGAAUUUUCACUUCGAUCUGAACACGGAACAAACGAAGAGCUUCCUGCGCUCCCACACGCCUCAUAUCGACUGCUCUACACUGGCAAGGGCUGCCAUUUUUUCCAUCACUUACCCUUCUCCAGAUAUCUACCUGGUCAUCAAGAUCGAGAAAGUCUUGCAGCAGGGGGAAAUCGGAGACUGUGCAGAACCUUACAUGGCAAUGAAGGAGAAUGAUACGCCAAAGAACAAAGACAAGCUAGAGAAGCUGAGGAAUCAGGCUGAGGGAUUCUGUCAGAGAUUAGGCCAGUACAGAAUGCCCUUCGCUUUUGCCACGGUCAACAUCAUGAGCGUGAUCAACUCAGCCACACUGGAACGGGACACCAUAGACUCAGACAGUGUCAAUGGCAGAAACAAUGUGGAAAAGAGGGCUUACCUGCCACGGCGCAACUCGGAGAGAUUCACUGCCCUGGAGGACCAGUUUAACCUGUCCAGCUUCAAACCUGCCGUCAUAACCAUUCCAACCUUCUUUAAACAGGAAGGGGAGCGUCUCAGUGAUGAAGAUCUAUAUAAAUUCUUGGCCGACCUCAAGAGGGCAUCCACAAUUCAGCGACGGGUCAAGACCAUGUCAGGUUCAUUGAAGUUAGAGGUGACCCCAGCUCCAGACGCAGUGAUUGCAUGUCUGUCUCCCGAACUCAUCUCCAUUAAGCCAGUGUCAGAGAAAAACCUGCGACCUGUCAAAGAAGUGCUUGAGUUUGCGUCCAGCGAUGUCUAUGUCCCUCACAGCAUAUACAGGAACCUGCUGUAUGUUUAUCCUCAAAGACUGAACUUCGGUAAUCGACUGGCAUCGGCCAGAAACAUUACAAUAAAGAUCCAGUUCAUGAAUGGAGAUGAGGCACUGCCUGUCAUAUUUGGGAAAUCAAGUGGUCCAGAGUUUCUAUCGGAGAUCUACACCCCAGUCACAUACCAUAACAAGUCUCCAGAUUUCUAUGAGGAGGUGAAGAUCCGGCUGCCAGCGCGGCUAACUGAGAGGCACCACCUGCUCUUUUCCUUUUUCCACAUCAGCUGCCAGCAAAAACAGAACCAAAGCGGCAACGUAGAGACUCUCAUUGGCUACACGUGGUUACCCAUGCUGAACAAUGAGGAACUGCAAAUAGGAGCGUUCUGUUUGCCCAUUGCUCUUGAACGUCUUCCUAUUAACUACCUGCUGCACUCUCCUGAGAAACUGCCACCCCAAGUUCCACCAGUCAAGUGGAUGGAAAGUCAUAAGGGACUAUUUAACCUGGAAGUUCAGGCUGUGUCUUCAGUUCAUACACAGGAUGUUUACUUGGAGCGCUUUUUCACACUGUGCCAUGCUCUGGAGGGAAAGACAACAUCCCCCAUUAGGGAUAAGGUCCCAGAAAACAAGCUGGAGCAUGACCUGAAGCUCAGCAUCAUCUCCCUGUCCUCAUCCAAGCUUGAGCCACUUGUCCUGUUCUUGCACCUGGUUCUAGACAGACUGUUUCGCCUCAUUAUGCAGCCCAUGGUCAUUGGUGGCCAGACAGCAAAUCUGGCACAGAUAGCCUUUGAGUCUGUGGUGUCGGUUGUGAACAGCCUUCAUAACAGUCAGGAACUGGCGAAGGACCACCAGGGCAGGAACUGUCUCCUAGCAACCUACCUCUACUAUGUGUUCCGGUUGCCAGACACUCCAGUGGAAGUCAUUAACACAGGAUCGGCUGCGCUGGUACAGGAAAGCAAGUACAGCACUAUGGGUCGAGCUACAGCGACUACAGUGGGCACUAUGCUGAUGAAUUCCCGUGCUCGCUCCAGCAGCAACCCUGAUAUCACUGCUCCACAGAGCACAGAGGAUGCUGAGGUCAAGAACAUACUGGCAGACAAGGGAUUGAAUCAUCCGGGCAACAGGAUGUCCCAUUAUAUUGACGCCUCUAACCGGUCUCAACCCUCCACUGGUAGUGUGCGGCACUCAAACAGAAAGCAAUUUCAUGAAGAGCUAGCACUUCAGAUGGUGGUCAGCACCGGCGUCUGCAGAGAGAACGUCUACAAAUAUGCCUGGUUCUUCUUUGAGCUGCUGAUCAAAAGCAUGGCUCAGCAUGUCUCUCAAAUGGAGAAGCAGGGAGUGUCUCGCAAGAAUCGUUUUUCAGAUCGCUUCAAGGAUGACAUCACUACCAUUGUCAACGUGGUGACGGCAGAAAUCGGAACGAUCCUGGUGAAACAGCAGAAGGAGCUGGAGCAGGCUGAAAAGGUGAACAUUAGUUUGGCCUUCUUCCUUUAUGACCUGAUGUCCCUCAUGGACAGAGGAUUUGUCUUCAACCUAGUGAAGAACUACUGCAAUCAGAUGUCAGCAAAGAGUGUGUCCAUGUCGACGUUGAUCAGUAUGAGGCUGGAGUUUCUAAGGGUGCUUUGCAGUCAUGAGCACUACCUGAACCUGAGCCUGUACUUCAGCAGUCCUGCCUCUGCUCCUACCUCUCCGUCCCCCUCUAUCACAUCACAGACCUCAAGCUCAUGUAGCUUUCCGGACCAGAGGAUUGCAGCGAUGUUCGAUCUGAGUCAUGAGUUUAAGCAGCUGCACUAUCUGACAGGACUGCUUCUGACGGAACUCAAUGCAGCUUUGGAUAUGGAAUCAGAGGGAAGCAAAGUGCAGCGUAAGGCUAUUAACGCCAUCUACAGCCUUCUGUGUGCUCAUGAUUUGGACCUUCGCUGCUCGAGGUUAGAGGUCAGGGCUAAGAUUGCUGCUCUGUACCUCCCCUUAGUGGGCAUUAUCCUCGACUCCCUCAGCUACCUCGACUUUACAGUUUCAACAUCAAGUGGCAACAAGGCCAAAUCCAGCAGCCCAGAAGAUGACUUUGAAAACCUCCAUCCCAUCAAUCAGUCUGUCGCCAUGGCGAUUGCAGGAAACCCAUUCAAUACCUUGGCAAGAAACGCUCUGGUGUCUAUGGCGUCUGUGUCCGGUAGAAGCUGUAGUACACUCUCGGCAGAGACCAGCCGUAAUCUGCUGGGGUGCUUCCUGUGGAUCAUGAAGAAUACAGAGCAGAGUCUGAUUCAGCGCUGGAUAGUGGACAUACCCCCCUCUCAACUGAGCCACCUUCUUGAGCUCCUCACCAUCUGCGUCUCCUGCUUCGAGUACAGGGGGAAACAGAGUUCGGAUAAGGUGAGCACACAGGCCCUGCAGAAGUCACAGCAGGCUAAAGCUCGUCUGGAGGAUGCACUGCUGGGAAGCAUGGGAGCGAGAGGAGAAAUGAUGAAGAGGGUGGGAGCUAAUGACCGGACUUUGGGUCAGAGAGAGAACCUGCGCUGGAGAAAAGACCGCACACAGUGGCGACAGACCAAUGACAGACAGGACAAAUCCAAGGCUGAGUUGGACCAGGAGGCCAUAAUCUGUGGGAAUUUGGCCAGUGAGGCCAACCUUGUAGUCCUGGACCUGCUAGAGCUCAUUGUGCAGGCGAUGCCAGUAGGUGACUGUAAGGACAGUGCAGUUGGUGGAGUAAUGAGGGUUCUGCUACAUUCUUUAACCUGCAACCAGAGCACCACGUACCUGUCGCACUGCUUCAACACCAUCCGGGCACUCGUUGUAAAGUUUGGAGACAUGCUGUUUGAGGAGGAGGCUGAACAGUGUGCAGAUCUUUGCCAAAAAGUGCUUCAGUACUGCAACAGCAACCUGGACAGCAACAGGAGCCAGGCCUGUGCUACACUCUACCUCAUCAUGAGAUACAGCUAUAGUUCAGCCAGCAAUUUUUCCAGAGUGAAGAUGCAGGUGACCAUGUCGUUGGCAUCUCUGGUAGGCAAGUCCUCAGAUGUGCACGAGGAGUAUCUGCGACGUUCUUUCCGCACUAUCCUGGCCUAUGCGGAGGAAGACACAGAGAUGCAAUCCACACAGCUGCCUUCACAGGUGGAUGAACUUCUGAGGAACCUAAACUGCAUCCUGUCAGAUACCGUCAAAAUGAAGGAGUUUCAAGAAGAUCCUGAAAUGCUUAUGGACCUGAUGUAUAGAAUUGCGAAGGGCUACCAGACGUCCCCUGAUCUGCGACUGACCUGGCUCCAGAACAUGGCUGAGAAGCAUAACGGCAGGAAGUGCUUUACAGAGUCUGCGAUGUGUCUGGUGCACGCUGCAGCUCUGGUGGCUGAAUAUCUUAGCAUGCUGGAAGACCACAAGUAUCUACCUGUGGGCAGCGUCACCUUUCAAAACAUCUCUCCUAAUGUCCUGGAGGAAUCUGCAGUGUCGGAUGAUAUUUUGUCUCCAGAUGAGGAUGGAGUCUGCUCAGGACGAUACUUCACGGAGAACGGUCUGGUGGGGCUUCUCGAGCAGGCUUCAGAACUCUUCAGCAACGGUGGAUUAUAUGAAGCGGUAAACGAGGUGUAUAAGAUCAUCGUUCCCAUACUGGAGGCCCACAGAGAUUUCCGGAAGCUGUCCACCACUCACGACAAUCUGAAAAGAGCUUUUGAGAACAUUGUUCAGAAGGGUCAUAAAAGGAUGUUUGGAACAUAUUUCCGUGUGGCAUUUUUUGGCUCGAAAUUUGGCGAUCUCGAUGAGCGGGAGUUUAUAUAUAAAGAGCCGGGAAUCACUCAUCUCCCAGAGAUCUCUCACAGACUGGAGAACUUUUAUGGGCAGUGCUUGGGAGACGGGGUUCUGGAAAUGAUAAAGGACUCUACACCUGUGGACCGAAACAAAUUAAACCCCAACAAGGCAUAUAUUCAGAUCACCUAUGUUGAGCCAUACUUUGAUGACUACGAGAUGAAAGAUCGCAUGACCAACUUUGAGAAGAACUUCAAUUUGCGUCGCUUCAUGUACACCACCCCGUUUACCAAAAGUGGACGACCCCGAGGAGAGCUAAAUGAACAAUACAAAAGAAAAACCAUCCUCACCACACAACACGCUUUUCCUUACAUGAAGACGCGAAUCAAUGUCAUUCAGAAGGAGGAGUUUGACCUCACUCCCAUCGAGGUCGCCAUUGAAGACAUGCAGAACAAAACCCGUGAGCUGGCUAUCGCCACACACAAAGAGAAACCUGACCCGAAAAUGCUGCAGAUGGUUUUGCAGGGGUCCGUAACAGCCACAGUUAACCAGGGACCGUUGGAGGUGGCCCAGGUCUUUUUGAAUGAAAUCCCAGCAGAUCCCAAACUUUACCGUCAUCACAACAAACUGCGCCUGUGUUUCAAAGAGUUCAUCCUGCGAUGUGGAGAGGCAGUUGAGAAGAACAAACUCCUGAUCACACCUGAACAGAGGGAGUAUCAGCAGGAACUUAAAAAGAACUACAAUAAGCUGAAGGAGAACCUGAGACCGAUGCUGGAGAGGAAGAUCCCUGAGCUUUACAAGCCUAUUGUCAAACCUCGGCUUGAGAACAGGGAUUCCAUCAAACGCCACAGUUUCCGUCGGCCUCAAGAGGAGAGUUCAUGAUGUCAUGAGAAUCGAGUCUCAAGAGAAGAGAAGCUCAGGGGGAGAAGGAUUUAGCGUUCGGAGUGAAAGAGGAACUCAACGGAUAUUUUGGUGCCUUCAGCAGGGUUUUAUGCACAGUAUUAUAGACACUUUACUUAUGUCAUUACUGGAUCUCCAGUUUAUAAAAGUAAUUCUGAAUAUGCAGCUGUUCAGUUCUUUUGUUAUCAUCUUGCUCUUUUUUUUAUGUGUUUUAAUGUGCUGUUGUCCAGCUAUGCAUUUUGGACAUGAUUUCAGUAGUCAGGCUUUUAACCAGUACCUACAGGACUGGUGUAAAUACUGUAAUUUGGAAAUUCCACGAGCCACGAAGCACGAUUGGUGCCAUAAAAUCAACAGGUUUUGUUUAA